GUGUUCAUGAUCCACGAUGGCUCUCAAUAUACCAGGGAUGAUAAUGAUGGUAGCUUUCUAUGUGCUGGUAUUGGGAACCGGCAUCUGGGCGUCCAUGAAAUCUAAAAUCAUGGAGAAAAGCACACUCAGUAGUCAUGUAGAAGUUUCCUUUUUGGCUAACCGCAGGGUCAGCUUGCUACUGGGAGUAUUUACAAUGACAGCUACUUGGGUUGGAGGUGCCUUUAUCAUCGGUGUUGCAGAGUCUGUGUAUGAUCCUACCAAAGGUCUAAUCUGGGCUCUUGUUCCUCUGCAGGUCUCUCUUUCCUUUAUUAUUGGUGGAUUGUUCUUUGCAAAGCCAAUGAGGGAGAACAAUUACAUAAGUAUGAUGGAUCCCUUUCAGAGGAAGUAUGGAAAACCACUGACUGCGGUUCUCGCCAUUGUUCCAGUCAUAGCUGAAAUCAUCUGGGUUCCUGGAUUACUGAUUUCUUUGGCGGCGACCAUGACUGUCAUCUUGGAUCUGCCCUUUAGUGUUUGCGUCUGGAUCUCUGCUGCAGUGGCGAUCAUCUACACCGUUCUUGGAGGUCUCUACUCAGUUGCAUACACUGAUGCCAUCCAGCUGUUACUUGUGCUUUUUAGCUUGUGGCUGUGUGUCCCCUUCGCUAUGACAAGUGACGUUUAUACUGACAUCACUAAAACAGCAUUGAACCACACAUAUCAGGCCGCCUGGCUUGGCCACCUUGAGGCUCAUGACGUCGGUAGAUGGAUUGAUGAUUUCCUAUUGAUGACUGUGGGCAAUAUGGCCAUUCAGGAUUUCCAUCAAAGGAUUCUCUCCUCCAGCUCCACGUCCACAGCCAGAAUCAUCUGUUUCAUAGCAGCAGGUGGAGUCAUCAUUGCAGGACUUCCAUCAGUGUUGAUCGCUGCUGUUGCAGCUUCAACUGACUGGAACUCCACCACAUAUGGUUCUCCCUCUCCAUAUGAGCGAGGGGAGGCAGCCAUGGUAUUGCCCAUCAUCCUUCAGCAUUUGACCCCAAGCUACAUUUCUGCUUUUGGCAUUGGAGCUGUUGCUGCUGCAGUGAUGUCAUCCACUGACUCUUUUCUCUUAUCUGCAACCACCAUCUUCACCACCAGCAUCUACCAGACCAUCAGGAGUCAGGCAUCAGAUAAAGAGCUGCAGUGGGUGAUUUGUCUCUCCAUAGUGGUUGCAGGACUUGUUGGAACAUCCCUCACCUACCUGGACGGCGGCAUCUUAGUGUUCUGGAUCCUAGGCUCAGACUUGACCUACACGAUUAUAUUCCCCCAACUGAUCUGCGUCCUCUUCACGGAGGUAUCCAACGGUUACGGGGCGAUCGCAGGCUACCUUGUUGCAGUGGUAAUGAGACUGUUGUGUGGAGAGCCAUUGUUAGGCCUUCCGGUGUUCCUGCAGUUCCCGGGUUGCACUUUAGAGGAUGGUGUUUACAUUCAGCGCUCUCCUGUCAAGACCAUUUGCAUGCUGUGUGCGCUGGUCUCCAUUCUCAUGUUUUCAUAUGUGGCCUCACUCCUGUUUAACAAGGGGAUCCUUCCUGGGAGGUGGGAUGUGUUCAAGGUGAAGUCCCAGGGAGCACCAGCAGGUGGUGCCAAAGAGGUUGACUUUGAAAAUGAAGAGGACACAGUGGCCUCUGCACCGAUGCUCGAUACAGGAUGCUAGAUUUUGCAGGCCUUUUUAAAAAAAAAAGUUUUUGUGUGUUUCUGAUAAGAU